AUGUAUGAAACAUCUUGCGAUGAGCCACCUAACGUCCAGCACGCUGUUGUCCUUCAAAAGUACCAGGACAUAUUUGCAGCAGAUUCUGAGGUCCGCUAUGAAUGUGAACACGGCUACAGCUUGGAGGGAACAAACGCCAGGAAGUCCGUCUUUUGCGUAGCUGGAUCCUGGACAGUAGCUCCGAGCUGCAAAAUAUCCAAACCAGGUGCUGGAGAUGAUGUGGACACAUCGGGUGGCAUUAAAAAACCUGUUGAUGGAAGCAGAGGAAGGGGGCGGGGCACUGCCAGCGCCGCCGCCGGUGCCGCCGCCGCCAGGGCCGCCGCCGGUGUCGCCGCCGGUGGUUCCACAGCAAGUGAAACAGGAUCUGGAACCACUUCUGACAGGACCGAGAGCACGAGCUCACCCAUGACCGUAGCAGUUGUCAACUGUGGAUCAUACCCAAAAGUUAAAAAUGGUGAUGUCGUGCGACGAACUGAAAUGUUUUUAAAAUAUGCGUGCAACGGUUUUUACAAAAGGGUCGGUCCGGAGAAAGUCAUGUGCUACAAUAACAACACUUGGUCAACACUACCAACGUGCAAAGAAGCAUUUUGUCAACUGGACCUUGAUGAAUAUACGAACUACAAGUUCCAAGAAUCUGGAACAAUAAUUCUAAAAGAACGAGAGACCAAGAGCGUUGCGUGUAUCUGGGAGAACUUCAGCAGCCGGAUUACAUGCGCUCAAGGAAAAGUUCGACUGACGCAAUGCUGUCAUUACAUGGACCAUUAUUACCAAAGGUGCAACUAACGCAUGGUCAUCCCUCGGAAAACUGCCUCUACGUGAAGACGACGGUCC